AUUAAGUUAUCUACCUAGAUACAUAGAUACUUGUAUAAGGUACCUGCUACAUGUACCUAGGUUACGCUAGGUACAGUCUACUACCUUGAGGCUUGUAUUUAGUUAGUGAUGAGCACUGGCCAACGCGCAUUUCCCAUUUUUUGGGGGGGUUUGGAGCAACACGACUCGGCCCCAUCUAAACUACCUAAAUCAAUCUUUCUAUUGUCGCGGUCGCGAUUUCCUGCAUAUACGUAUUCCUAGGUAAGCUUUGCGACUUGCCUUCCCUGCGCAUCGCCGAAUCCUUACAACUUCACUUAUAACUGUUAAUUUUCUUCUUCUUUUUUUCGUAUUGGCCGUCCAAUCACCUGCGCAGUCAAAGGGUCGGCAGAUGGUACAUCUAGGAAUUGCGCAAACAUUUAACAUCCAACUAGUCUAUCACGACUUCUUGCAAUUCUCAUGAAAAUUUCCAGCACAGAUUGCGGCGACGGCGACUUGUUUUAGAUCAAUAUGGCCCCGAAUCGUGGCCUGGGGGCCAAGGAUGUUUACGUCCACGAAAUCGACCGCACUCCAGAAUACGUGGAGUUCAUCCAGAAGCUCACGGCCUUUCAUGAGAAACGUGGUACCUCGUUCGAACCUGAGCCCCGACUUCCUACCAUGCACGGCCAUGUCAAUGUCGAUCUCUUGAAGCUCUACAAGGCUGUCAUCUCUAAAGGAGGCUAUGACGAACUCAACAAGGUCCAGAAGGCCUGGGGUGCCCUUGCUGCUGAAUUAGGCAUGCAUCAUACUGACAGCAAAGGCACCGGUCAGCUCUCGUUCCAACUGAAGCAGGAUUUCUAUCGCUACCUCGCCGCCUACUGGAUCCAUGAUCAGCAUGGUAGGGAACCCCCUCCCAAGGAGAUUUUAGAGCAACAGUCCUGUGCUAGCAAGUUUGGGCCUGUUCUAACCCGAACUGUCGAGAAUUUCAAGCAUUCGGCGAGCCGCUCCGGGAUGGAGACGCCCACACGGGACGAGCGUCAGAGCGAGGGUACUCCGGUUUCGGGAAAUAGGGCAUCUGGUCGUCUACGUGAAGCACCCCCCCAACGAGUUCCCUUUCAGCCUGAGACAGGUCCGAGCCGCCAGCCUAGACAAGCAUCCUCGCAUCAUGCCACGCCAACAGCCGCGAAUUCUACUGCUAUUAAUACUGGCCAUGGCUCUAAUUUAUCUCAUGCCCAGCAUCCCAACCAUCACAUGCCUCAGCAUCACAAUCCUAACAACCCUCUUCAUGUAAUACAGGCCCAGCAGGCCGCUGUCCGUGGCGCCUCGAGUGCAUUUACUCCUACGAACCCCGAGACUGCCUCACGCCUGGUAGAGUUAUUCGAACCGCGUCCUCCAAUAUCCGUUCCUCUCCGUCCCGUGAGCACACCGGGGAACAACCCAGAGUUUGUCAAGCGCCAGCGUCAGUUGCGUGCAGCCCCUGGUGCUCCUGAUGCGCAACUACCAGUUCGUCCAGCCAUCCCCGGCAUCGGUUUCGAGGGCCCCAAUAUCUACAUGCGUUGUCUUCAAGCGCUACGUUCAGGCAUCCCUGCUGAACAGUCGUUCGCACUCAAUCACCUUGUCAAGAUAUCAUUCGAACGUGGUGAUAAGUAUAAAUUCGAGUCUUUUCUUGGCUUAGCCGAAGGCCUUAUUGAGAAGGCACUCGAAGUUGGUAGUUUAUUUUAUCAUAUCGAAUGGCAAAUUGCCUAUUUUAACGAUCCAGAUACUUCAGAUAUAGCUGUUCUUGACGGGCUUAAUGGCACGGGCGACAUCCUUGAGCGGAUUGCGAGGCUACCCCCAAAGUCGAUUCUCGAUCAUAUGCAGUCCUCUGACUUUAGCGACCGCCUUCUCCGGAUCACCGAAGCUGUUCUUACCAUCCGUAACAUGGUCAUGCUGGUGGAAAACGCUAUUUACAUGGCCGAUGUCUAUCCUCUGAAAGAUCUGCUUUGCAUUCUUCUACAUCUCCCAAAUCUGGAGAUGCUUGUUGAGAUUAAACAUUUCGCCCUAGACAUCGCCGAACAGCUUACCCCUUGGCUCAUACUCGACUCCGACGACCCGUUAUAUCGAACACUGUUGGCGCAACUAGACUCAACCGAUCGGGGCACCAUUCUGACGUCCCUACGUGCCAUAAGCCGGAUAUCAAUGAAUUUAGAGGCUACAAACAAGAUGCAGAACGUCCCAGCCGUGGUUCUGCAGAAUAUCAUGAACUGGCUGCUCCUUAACGAUGAGGAACUUAUGGACGCAUGCUUGGACUUCCUUUACCAGUAUACAGCAGUUGUGGCUAAUGUUGAGUCCUUACUCAAAGCCGUGAACAUGGAGCACGUCGUACCCCAUCUAGUCAGGCUCCUAGCUCAUGGGGCAAAGCGAGUUAAGGAGGAUAGGGUUUUAGAACCAGAACGAAAGGCACCGGCAUCCGAAGAAGUAGCUGCACUACCUCUAGAUCUUCAGGAACGGCUAACCAACACAGAUGAGCCCCAGAGGUGUUACAACUGGCUCCAGAGUCUAUUCGAGGAGGACAGUGAAUCUCAUAUCACGCAGAUUGCUAUAUGGCAAGCCUACCAAAACUCUUUCAGGGCAAUUGCGAGUAGCUCAAGGAAUAUGCUUAGUGCGGCAGAUUUUAUUAGGAAUGUUAGCCAUGUGUUUGUCAAUGCGCGAGCCCAGAUUAUUAGGCGGCAACGGGCUGAUCAAUCGGAUCUCUUUAUAAUAGAAGGUAUCCGUGCGCGAGCACUACCCAUUAAUCCCGAGACAAAAGAGGAAUACUGCCCAUGCCGGUGGGUGGUAGCCAAGGGGCCAUAUCUGAAGAAAUGCAAUCAGUUCUGCCUUGGUGGACAGGCGAUGUGGCACCAUGUCUUGACUACCCAUUUAGGCGUCGUUAUUGGUGAAGGGGGUAAGAUUGAGGACAAAGAGAUAAACACAUCUUGCGACUGGGAGGACUGCAAGAAAUAUUCAAAAAUUACGCAAAUCAAAUUAUCCGAACUAGCACGCCAUCUGAAGACGCAUUUCCCCUCGACGCAGAAGCGCUCCUUCGCCGAGGGGCCAGAGGCAGCGGCAAAACGGCAGCGUAAGGCUUACAUCACCCCGGCGAAGACCAUGAGCCUCGCCUGGGAGCAGACCAUUGUUACUAGGGAUGAGAGGAACCCCAAAGUGGAGCAAGCUGCUGGCAUCCCGCUGAGUGCCGUGUUGGUACUGCGCAACAUUGCUCGCAACGUAGUCAAAACAGAGUCAGAGGAACAACUACUCAGAAAGCACGAAAUGGGCGGCGAAGGAGGCGGCUGGAAUGAGAAGCUCUUCCGCCCUGUCAUGGCUCGCCUAUUUGAGGUCAUGACAGAAAAUAAGGCUUUGGUAAGUUCUCUACUGAUUAUUUACUGUUAAUCCUCUUUUCUAUUGCGUACUGCCUUUGUCUUGCUUACCUUACUAACUAACUCUUUACUAGGCCGACUACAUUACAUCGCUCU